UGCGUGCGCCGGCGCGUGCGUGUAGAAGCGCGAGCCAAGCCACAGCCAGAGAGGGGUUCCCCUUUCCAACAGUACGCACAGAGGAGGGAGGCUGGCAGAGGCUUUUUAACGUGUGAAAACUCGAUCAACAAACAACGAGGAAGUACCGCAGAGGAUCGACUGAAUACACAGACUUUCUCAAAGUGAAAUGACCAGAUUUGAAGGUUAAAGUGAUUCGGCUUUGCGCCUCUCCUCGUGCGCUCUCACGACGGAUUUAGGUCUCCAAUGCCCAAAGAGUGCAGGAGAAAGAGCUCCAAGGAGUCCGUGCUCUCUGGGACUGGAUUAAACGAGGGGCCGAGAUUGGAGCGAAGAACAGCCGGGAAGGCAUCCCACAUUUGUAAUGAUCUCAUUCAGAAUGCCGCUCAAUUCGCCCCGUCGUCCGCAACCGGAGCACCGACUGUGAUGGAUGCGCGCCAGCUACCGCAGGUCACCAUCACCCCGGAGGGAGGCGGCUCCUCGCGGGAGAUGCAGCAGGAGGACUGGGAUGAUGCUGUGGACGGUACCCUGCGCAGGAAACUGUCCAACUCCUCGAUCUCCUCCACAGGGUCCUCUGCCGUGGAGUCCGAGGAUGAUUUACUCAGCGACAACGAAAGCAAAAGCAAAGGCAUCAUCACUUUAGAGCAUCUGGUGGACAGUGGAGAGAGCAAGCCAUGGUGGAAGUUGAAGACAAUCGUCAACUGGCCCUUCAGUGUUACGCCGAGGAGAAAACUGAACUGGGUUCAGCUAGCCGGGCAUAAAGGUAACUUCAAAGCUGCAGAUGAGGGCAACAUCCUGAAGAAGUUUUCGGAAAACGAGAUGCAGUGUUUCGAGAAGCUGAGGGAUGACGCGCUGCUCCCGUUUGUGCCCGGAUACCACGGCACUGUGGAAAAAGAUGGAGAGUCUUUCCUUCGUAUGACUGACCUGCUGGUGAACUUUGACCUUCCCAAUGUCAUGGACUGCAAGAUGGGAGUGAGGACGUACUUGGAGGAGGAGCUUGUUCGGGCGCGGGAACGACCCAAGCCGCGGGAAGACCUGUACAAAAAAAUGGUGGAGGUGGACAGCGGAGGGCCGACUCCCCAGGAGCAUUCCCAACAAGGCGUCACCAAGCCUCGCUACAUGCAGUGGAGGGAGACAAUGAGCUCCACCAACACCCUGGGCUUCAGGAUAGAAGGGAUAAAGAAAUGUGACGGUACGUGUCGGACUAACUUCAAGAAAACCAGAUCGAAGCAGGAUGUCAUCCAGGUGUUCAAGGACUUUGUCGGAGGGAACGUUGACAUCAUAAAGUCUUACCUGAGCAGACUGACGGAGAUCCAGCAGGCCCUGAAGAAGUCAGAGUUCUUCAAGCAACACGAGGUCAUUGGCAGCUCGCUCCUCUUUAUCCAUGACCACACGAGAAAGGCACAGGUCUGGAUCAUUGACUUUGGCAAGACCACGGCGUUACCAGAGGGCCAGACAUUAAACCAUGACAUUCCCUGGCAGGAAGGCAACCGGGAGGAUGGCUACCUGUGGGGGCUGGAAAACCUCAUCCACACUCUGGAGUCUGUAAGCAGUGAAGGGAUGGGUGAAGAUACCCAAGAAAAUAGCCAAACUACAGAAACAGAUGGUUAGUGACUUUGACUUGUAGAUGCAUGAGAGGAGGUCAAACUAUUAUAAUGGACACCACAGAGACACACUUAGGGAGGUUUCAUAUAUGUUGAUUUGCUUUGGGUGCUUGGUGAUAAAUGUUAAAAGGAGUGCAGAAAUAAUACAAGAAAGAACACUUUGUGUAGCCCAAGAGGAGCUUUAUAAAGCCACUGACAGGAAAGGAACGAUAGACACUGAACAGAGAGGAGCAGAGGAUUUGUCACUAGUUACUGAACGAUUGAGAAUGAUCUGACACUAAUUCAACUUCCUACAAAAGGAACAGAAGUGAAAGUGUAGGGAUUCUGCAUUUCAGUUUCAGGGACGAGGUGUUACAUGUAAAGGAAAUGCUCAUGAAAUUAAAGGUGAGCAAUCUCAAGUCCGCACACCUCCUUAUUAACAUCUAACCCUCAGUUAAACCUGUAAGUGUAAUAUUAAAGGAGAAAUUCUGUGCAGUGAAACUCACAGACCUCACAGUCAUAUGACUACAACACAUAACACAUUGUGAAUAUAGUUCUGCAGCAUAAUGGUUAGUGUGUAUUAUCUGUCACUGUUCUGACAAACUCAUUUAUUGUAUAUCAAUUUAUAUUUCUUUCAAUGAUUUUAUUCCUGUAAUCAAACUUGUAAUUAUUUUCAUUUCUUUGUUAUAACACUUUUUUUUGGUGUUGGUCAGAGAUAAUUGAAAAUGUAUAUGGAAUUAAAAAAAAGGCAAAUACUGUUA